AUGACAGAAAAUGAUUUUUGGAAUACAAUGAAAGUGUUGGUUGGAAAGGACUGGCUGAAGAUACCUGUGGAGGAUAUCCAGGACUGGGUGGAUAAAGUUAUGCCGAGACGGAUUUCGAAUGUAUCGAAUAAUGAUAUUGAGGAAAAUACGGCGUGGAAAAGAAAAACAUCCGAUGUUAGUGUUAGGAGUUUCAAUUUAGACGAAGAAAUCAUGAAAUUCAGGAAAAGUUUGAAGUACCCGAAGGUAGAUUGCAAAUUUUUCCAUCCCUUAAUACGGCUGAGGCUAGAAAAACUAAUGGGUACUAACGUAUGUAGUCUGACAGACAGGGAUUAUAUGACACGGCUGCAAAUAAGAAUAUUGGAAGACUAUGCCGAAAAAAUGGAUAAACGGAUUAAAACUAGAGAGGCUGAAGAAUUGGAACGGGUGAAGAAUCUUGUAUUAAACGGCACUAUUCCAUUAAGUCAAGCUCCUCCCGAAAUGGCCGAUCAUCCUGUUAUGUUGAUAGAUGCUAUUUGUAACAAACUAAUAGCCGAAAGAAGAGCGAAGAUCAAAAUACCAAAAGUGAAGAUUCCCACAUUCUUGUAUUGGGAUGAUACACCUGAUCCGGAAUCAGGAUUAACCAUACAGAAAGGUCACGUUUUUAGAGGCCCAGAAGAAAGAUUAUGCCUUUCUGCAGAUAGGUUCCUGAACUAUUCCGAAGAACAUGAAGAGAAAUAUAGCAUGCCACAAGAAGAAUAUGAUAAAAUUAUCUAUAUUAAUCCAUUAGUAAGAAGGCUAUUGGAAUGUGAGAGCGUGGAAGAAAUUUACGAAUUGGCUGAAGAAAUAACAGGAUCUUUGAAACCGGAAGAGGUAUCAAGGAUAGAUGACGAACAAGACAACCUGUCAACAUUAUCAACUAGAUGA